AUGAGCGGUGCGUCUCAGCGUCAUCGGAAGCGUAGAAGUCAAAGUUCAGAUCAAGCUUCCAAUUCGAGUAGAACAUCACGAAGCAGUCCACAAACAGCACGACAAGAAGAUCGCCGAUGGAGCAAGCGACAAUCAAAUAGCGCCAGAAGCGGUAAGGCCAACGUACGACGGCCAGCUUCUUCGCCACCGUCCCAGCGAAGUAACCGUAGUAACAAGGGAGCCAGGCACAGCGACAGUCAUUCUCAAUGGGAUCAGAAGACGAGCACCUUUCAGUUCUCGGCAUGUGAUCCAAGCGACGGUAAGGAAGAGACCGAUGAGAGUAAUGUGACGUCAGGAUUAACCGAUAACGCUCUGCUCAAUUCUGUAGCUGUCAUUGGAUGUUUCUACCCUCAGGUCAAGGCGUACAAGAAAGAAGCGGUAAGUCAAUCUUAAAAAUAUAUUAUACAACUUAUGACUUAAAAUGUUAUAUAAUCAUAUUAAAAAUCUACGUUUUAUAGGAACAAUACCUAAUUUAUAAUAAGACACUUACAGGCCACCUCCCCUCAGCACAAGUACAAAAUAAUAUCCUUUUACAAGUCUCAAAUCACGUUCACAGGAGAACCACAACGUCAACUGACUCACAAACGAUCUAUGAGAUCCCGAGCAGACCCAUGGAGAAGAUACGGAGCUCUACAAUUGGUACACAAAAUGGGAGGACACGUGCUUGUUAGUGCCCAAAAGAAGAACAAGAAGACCAAGUACGUCGCGCCAGGUACACCUUUGCCUCCACCGCCUAGUAAGUUUGGUACUAUCAUAAUAGUACGGUCUUCACUUAUUCGUUUGCAAUUUUUAUUUACAACACUAUCGCUGAAGUAAGUACCGUAAACUGCUUUAUCUUCCAGAAAUGAAGCCCAUAUUAACGUUGAAGGAACUGUUCGAACGUCCUUCAAUAGCAGUUGUCAACCAGGAGCAGCUCCAAGAGGAGAAGGCCACAGAUAACACCGUGUCUCCUGAUCUAGACGACCCUGGUGCUUGUUGCGUAUCUCCACCUUCCAAAUCGACAUCAACAUCAGAGAAAGAAUAG